UCCUGAAGCCAGUCUUCCGGUUGGUGUAGCUACAAGAUGGAAGAAAGGUCUUCCGUCCCAUAUCAGACUUCACAUGAGUGGAGCCCAACUGGAGCCUCCAGCAACCGUGCCCAGGCCCAUGGCCACAGCCUUCCUGCUCCUCAUGGGGGUCCUGAUCCCUUGCCUGGCCGAGUUCCUGCACCUUAAUAAGAAGUCCAAGAAGAUGAAUGGGGCUGAGUGCUCCCACCACUUGGAGUGCAUCAGUGACUGCUGCCUGAUAGACCUGAACUACGGGGGUGCUUUCUGUACUCCCAGGGCCAGAGUGGCCAUGUCGUGCUUGCCCCAGACCGAGGGAACCAUCAACAUCAUAUGCCCCUGCCAGUGGGGCUUGAAAUGCUUCUCCAGGGACCCGAUCUGUCCCCGCCGGUGCCACCUGAUUUAG